AUGCACCGCACCGCCUGCGCAGACACUACUGGCACAGGAGAAUGCGCCCUUGACGGCGAUGCAGCGGAAUAUUAUUUUUACUGCAUCAAAGCUGCGGCCUGGCCACUUUCACAUGCCUGCGAUCCGGGCGAUCAGUGGCUGGCAGCUCCGAACUCACGGACACGAACCAGCUGGGCCCUGAGGUGGAGAGCCCAGCAGAGUUUGAGAAACGACAAGGAAGAUACAGAUGAAGUCAACGGUGCGCGCAAUCCUUGGUUCGGGAGAGUUAGUGCUGCUUCGGAAAGCUGGGAACGCAAGAGGGUUGGUUGUUCUGGGCACGUUUCCUUCUGCCUCUGUCUGGGCCUCGAUUAG